AUGUGGACCACAACCUCCGGCUUGCGGGGCAAGAAGCUCCAUAUCGCCAUUACAUUUACAUCCGUUGUCGGAUUCUCACUUUUCGGUUAUGAUCAGGGUUUGAUGUCCGGUAUCAUUUCCGGUACCGAGUUCACUAAGGAAUUCCCCGCCCUCCAUGGUGAGUCGGAGCACGUUGCCGUCCUUCGUGGUGCGGUCACUGCCUGUUACGAACUCGGUUGUUUCUUCGGUGCUAUCUUCACUAUGGCCUACGGCCAACGUAUUGGCCGCACUCCUCUCUUGGUCGCCGGUGGUCUUCUCAUGAUCCUCGGUACUGUUAUCUCUACUGCUUCCUUCGGCCCCCACUGGGGACUGGGCCAAUUCGUUAUUGGACGUGUCAUUUCCGGUCUUGGAAACGGCAUGGACACCGCUACUAUUCCCGUCUGGCAGUCUGAGUGUUCGCGCGCUCACAACCGUGGUUUCCUCGUGUGCUUCGAGGGUGCUAUCAUCGCUGUCGGUACCUUCAUUGCCUACUGGCUCGAUUUCGGUCUCUCUUAUGUCGACAGCUCCGUCCAAUGGCGGUUCCCUAUCGCCUUCCAGAUUCUGUUCGCCAUUCUCGUCACCGGUGGUGCUCUCAUGCUCCCCGAGUCUCCUCGUUGGUUCGUUAUGCAAGGUCAUGACCAAGAGGCCAUCCAGGUCCUCGCCCAGCUCAACGAUAGUGCCCCCGAUGCGGAUGAUGUGCUCGCCGAUUUCAACCUUAUGAAGGCUGAUCUCGCGGCCAUGCAGAAUGUCGAGGCUAACAGCUGGGGUAUUUUGUUCACUGGAGGCAAGACUCAGCACUUCCAGCGUAUGAUGAUCGGUUGCUCUGGACAGUUCUUCCAGCAAUUCACUGGUUGCAAUGCCGCCAUCUACUACUCGACCCUCCUAUUCCAACAGAACUUGCACAUGACAGGCAAGCUCCCCCUGGUUCUGGGAGGUGUUUUCGCCACUGUCUACGCUCUCGCUACCAUCCCAUCCUUCUUCAUGAUCGAGAAGGUCGGUCGCCGUAACCUAUUCUUGAUUGGUUUCCUCGGCCAGGGUCUCAGUUUCAUGAUCACCAUGGGAUGUCUCAUCGACUCGAACACGCAGAAUGCCAAGGGUGCCAUCAUCAACCCCCUCCGCACCCGUACCAAGGCCGCCUCCGCUUCCACUUGCAUGAACUGGAUCACCAACUUCGCCGUCGUCAUGUUCACUCCCGUGUUCUCCAACCAGUCCGACUGGGGUAUCUACCUCUUCUUCGCGCUGGUCAAUUUCAUCGCCAUUCCCUUCGCCUGGUUCUUCUACUGUGAGACCGCCGGUCGUGAUCUCGAGGAAGUUGAUAUCAUCUUCGCCAAGGCCCACACCGAGGGCAAGUGGCCCUACAAGGUCGCACAGGAGAUGCCCAAGCUCUCCAUUGCCCAGAUUACCCAGAUGCAGGCCGAGCUGGGUCUCGAUACCUCCGACCUCCGUAUCAACUCUGAAGCCGAGAAGGCUGAGACUGCUAUGAGCAGCAGCAGUGAGACCAAGCACAGCGAGACCAAGCACGAGUAA